AUGACCUCUAGGGAAAGAAAAGACAAACAGUUAGGGCUGCACCACAAAGAGAAAUAUGAGAGAGGAGGGAUCAGCAACGCAAUGGUAAAUCCCAGCCAAGCUGACUCCAGAACAGAGCGUCUCACAAACAGCAGUAUCCCAGCUCUGCAAGCAACUGUAAAAGCCUCACAAUCUAACAGCAGUAUCCCAGCUCGGCAAGCAACUGUAAAAGCCUCACAAUCUAACAGCAGUAUCCCAGCUCUGCAAGCAACUGUAAAAGCCUCACAAUCUAACAGCAGUAUCCCAGCUCUGCAAGCAACUGUAAAAGCCUCACAAUCUAACAGCAGUAUCCCAGCUCUGCAAGCAACUGUAAAAGCCUCACAAUCUAACAGCAGUAUCCCAGCUCUGCAAGCAACUGUAAAAGCCUCACAAUCUAACAGCAGAAUCCCAGCUCUCAGUAUCCCAGCUCUGCAAGCAACUGUAAAAGCCUCACAAUCUAACAGCAGUAUCCCAGCUCUGCAAGCAACUGUAAAAGCCUCACAAUCUAACAGCAGUAUCCCAGCUCUGCAAGCAAAUGUAAAAGCCUCACAAUCUAACAGCAGUAUCCCAGCUCUGCAAGCAACUGUAAAAGCCUCACAAUCUAACAGCAGUAUCCCAGCUCUGCAAGCAACUGUAAAAGCCUCACAAUCUAACAGCAGUAUCCCAGCUCUGCAAGCAACUGUAAAAGCCUCACAAUCUAACAGCAGUAUCCCAGCUCUGCAAGCAACUGUAAAAGCCUCACAAUCUAACAGCAGUAUCCCAUCUCUGCAAGCAACUGUAAAAGCCUCACAAUCUAACAGCAGUAUCCCAUCUCUGCAAGCAAAUGUAAAAGCCUCACAAUCUAACAGCAGUAUCCCAUCUCUGCAAGCAACUGUAAAAGCCUCACAAUCUAACAGCAGUAUCCCAUCUCUGCAAGCAAAUGUAAAAGCCUCACAAUCUAACAGCAGUAUCCCAGCUCUGCAAGCAAAUGUAAAAGCCUCACAAUCUAACAGCAGUAUCCCAGCUCUGCAAGCAAAUGUAAAAGCCUCACAAUCUAACAGCAGUAUCCCAGCUCUGCAAGCAAAUUUAAAAGCCUCACAAUCUAACAGCAGAAUCCCAGCUCUGCAAGCAACUGUAAAAGCCUCACAAUCUAACAGCAGUAUCCCAGCUCUGCAAGCAAAUGUAAAAGCCUCACAAUCUAACAGCACAAUCCCAGCUCUGCAAGCAAAUGUAAAAGCCUCACAAUCUAACAGCAGAAUCCCAGCUCUGCAAGCACUAGCUCUCCAAUCCUCACUCCACUACCACCCAACCUGGUGUUUUCCUUAA